AUGACUGAUCGAGAUUUGCCGGCGACGGAGGCAGUUCCGGAGACUGCGACGGGUAAUGAUGCUGCGACGGUGAAGACGCUAGCUCCUGGCUUCCGAUUUAAUCCAACCGAUGAAGAGCUCAUUAGCAAUUACUUGAAGAAGAAGGUUCAGAGAAAAGCCAUGCGCUUCUAUGAGAUCGGGGAAAUAAAUGUUUACAAGAUCAAGCCCUCUGAGUUACCAGGGUAUUCGAGGUUGAACACAGAGGAGUCCUCACGAAAGGACCAACAACAUUGCUUCUUCUUCACUGCUCUGGAAAAGGAUAAGACCACCGGUGCAUAUAAGGAGCGAGCAACAAACGUAGGCUACUGGGAACAAACUGGAGAAGACAAGAAAAUUCUGGGAGGAGACGGAAAGUUGAUUGGUGUGAUGAAGAGUCUUGUGUUUCACGUUGGUUGUGCUCCAAAUGGUUGGCGAACCGAUUGGUGGAUGCGUACGUGUUGUGCAAAGUGUUCGUCAAGAAAGAAUGAAGUGUUGAUGGUGGUGGUGAUAAAAGAGCUCCAAGUGUUGUGCAUGCCAACAGAGUCAACGAGAUUCAACAGGAAAACGACUCAGGAGCGGAUUGAUCAAUUGCUCGCGGAAAACGAGGAGCUGAACAAGAACAUCAACAAGGGACAUUACUCUUAA